GUUUUCCUCGGCACUACCGGCGCGCUUGGCGGCUGUGUUCGUCUUCUGUGGACAAAAGUUACGAAAGCGAAGAUCCCAGAUCCAUGACAUUUCGGUGUUGAGUACUCUCCACAAAUCGAGCGAACCGCCAGCCUGGGAUUUGACAACGCGAGAAUAGAGUUUACCAUGUAAAUGAACCCACGAUGGACUGCUUCGGAGCCCAUGAUUGCCCCGAGUAUCACUUAAUGAAGCCUAGAAAGGAGCGAGAAUCUUGGCAACAAAAGUUUAAUAAACAUGACAAGCGGACACGGACAAUGACGAUGAUCCAGCGUUAAAUAAGCGAUGUGCCCAGCCAUCCGGUCUUCGCGCACCAUCCCGCAUUUCCGCUGCUGAUCCAACCUCGUCAUUCGUUUUCUCACACUCAAGGCAGCUCAUCGAUCACCACCUCACUCAUUCGCCCGCGCGCCAGCAACCAUGCACAUCCCCGUCGCCUUCCGCGCCCUAGCUUCCGCAGCUCUCUUCACGCCCUGGGACAAGAGCCAGUGGAUCGCCUCCGACGACACGGUCCGCAACGGCGCGAGUCAUUCCACUCUCGACAUCAUCGAAGCUGGCGCCGCUGGCAACCACUUCGCGCAGUCGAUUGCAAACUUCCACGGCAACCUCGACUACGCGACGCUCGGCGGCGCGGGCUUCGCGUCACAGCGGACCGUGGACGACUGGCCGAGUCUCGACAUCUCAGCGUACGACACCAUCACCCUCGAGAUCCCGUUUACGGAUGGGAAAAAGUACACGUUCAAUCUGAAGGAUACGGUGCCGCCGCCCGUGAAUGGGGUGGAGCAGUCUGGCGUGAGCUGGGAGUUUGAUUUCCAGAUUCCGGCAGUCAAUCACACGGACGGCGCGGUUGAGAAGGUGGUGAUGCCAUUGAGCGCGUUUGUGCCUACUUUCCGCGGACGGGUUCAGAAUGAUACUGCGCCGCUUGAUUUGACAAGCAUUAAGAGGGUCAAUUUCAUGAUUCGAAGCUUCUUUGCCGAGCAGGAUGGCGAUUUUGAGCUGCACAUCAAGUCUGCGAUUGCUUCGAAGGAGGGUAGCACGUAGAUCAUAUUUCAUCACCGGCAGUCAGUACCAUCAAUAGCCAAUUCGGCAGACUUUGCCGCGACUCCUCUAGGAAGUAGAAAUUUUCAAGU